GACCAUCCCCUCUGGUCAUGUGCUGAUUAUACUGAAAUAACCUGCAUUACCCUGGUGAUGCUCUGUUCAAUGUUUUGGCCCUAAAAUUAGCAGCUUUCUGUUAAGUGCAUUGGCUCAAAAAGUAACAUCUAUUUAACUCUUUAUGGAGGUUAAGGUACAAAACCAAUAGCAUGCAAGGUUAUUGCCAUGGGAAGAGGCCAACAGCAUCUAGAUUUAAGGAUUUAAUUCGUGUUAAAAGGCCUUAGCUUGAUUUGCAACUGCACCAAAUUGUAACUCUGUGGUGUCCAAUAGCUCCAUAUCCUCCAUUGUUGUACUUUGGCUAUGCCCAUCAACUCCUACCAACUCAGUUGUGUUACAUUUCAUGCAUUGCAUAUUUAUGGACAGUUGCUCAGCCAUUGAGACCCAGCAUGUCAUGGUCACUAUGUUUAUGACCAGUUAAUGCUAAAUCUGUUCUCUUGUAAAGGGUAAUUUAUAUAAAGAGUAGCUGUAAAUCUAUCACUUGCCAUUUUUAGCCAGGUCCAGACUGAGGGAGCUGCACUUGACCAUAGAAAAACUUCAACACAAGCAUCCUUUUACCUUGCUGUCACACUUCCUACAAGCUUAGGUUUGUCACUCCUGUCAUAUGUUUCAUAUAAAAUCUUCAGCAACAAGAAGCACAUUUUAGAAUGCUGUGCUGUACCAACUAUCAUUCAUUCACAUGCAAGCCCUUUGAUCAAGCAGUCAUAUCUGCAAUAUCACAGGAUCACAUUGACUGCCAUUGCCCAUGUCCUUGCUAUUACAUAGAAAUGUGUAAAUAGCAAAACCUUAAUGGAAUAGGCUGAUAUGGGUCCAAACUGUCCCAGUGUUAUAGCAUUGUUAAGCUGACAGAUUUCAUUGGAAAAACACAAACAAUCAUACUGGACACAUUUGAUUUAUGGUGCAGUAGAUCACCAUGCACUUUCAAACAAAAAUGAAUGGUCUUCCCAUUUUGACAAAAACUACUAGAUCUCAGAAACUGGAGCAGAUGUGGCUUUGGAGCUAUCUACAUGGUGUAGUUGUAUGUGCCAGGUACUGCUACCAACAAACUACAGAUUUCACAGCCACCCAACCCAUUGGUGCACCAGUAAACAGCAUCUUUUCAACAGCAAUCAUGGGGGCGAAAAGUAAAGGCCGUAUGCCAAGGCACAAGAAGAAAUCAUGGAAGAAACAAGUGAACAUUUCUGAGGUUGAAGAAUACCUAGAUGAUGUUCGCCUUCAGGAGCGGUUUGGUGGCUUGGUGGCGGAUAAAGAGAGCAGUGACAUGUUCAUCGUCGACAGCAAGCCAGAGGUCCUUAAACCCGACGUGUCUCUGCAGCAGCGACGACCCAGAAAACCGAAAGUGGACCAAGAUAAUUUGAGAUGUUUCCAGAAUUUGAAAGGUCUUCCCGGAGCCAAAGUGCCUGUAAAGACGCGCGUUAUUAAAGAUAAGCGGCCUGCCUUUGUGAAAGCUAAGACCAAGAAAAAGAAGACUAAAAAUGCAAUUAAUGCUCUUCACAUACAUGAUGCAGUUCAGAAGAAAGAAGCUACAGAGAAAAAACAACUUCCUAAAGACCCGUGGGCUGACGACCAAGAUUCUGACGUGGACGACUGGACGGAGGUGGGCGCGACGCACCUGCGCCGGCUGCGCAUGGACGGGCGCGUGCGCCGGCCGCUCUACAUGCGCGUCAAGACGUCGCUGCUGCCAGCCGUCGAGACGCCGCAUGCUGGCCAGUCGUACCACCCGGAGGCGGGCGACCACGCGGCGCUGCUGGAGAAGGCCGUCCAGGUGGAGCACCGUAAAGAGGCCGACUUUCAGCGCUGGGAGCGGCAGACCACGGCCAAGUUCCCGUCGGUGCGGCCGACCGAGUCGGACUGGGUGAAAGAGAUGUCGGGAGGCCUGCAGGACGACCACGACGAGAAGGGCGACGACGAGAAGUCGGCCACGGGUCCGCUGGUGCGGAGGGUGCCCAAGCCGAAGACGAAGCAACAGCGGCGCAAGAUGCGGGAGAGGAAGGUGACCGAGCGACACCGGCUGGCCGCCAUUGACACACGGCGCACGGAAAACGAGGUGUUCAGGGUGCGCACGCUGGCGCGCGAGCUGCGUGAGCAGGCGGCACGCACGGCGGAGCGCCAGCAGCGCCGCGCCGUGCGCCGCAGCGCGCGCGCCGAGCAGCCGCUGACGCUGGGCCGGCACCGCUACGAGGCGGCGCCGCUAGAGGUCAGCCUGAGCGACGAGCUGCCCGGCUCACUACGUAACGUGCGCACCGAGGGCGACCUGCUGCAGGAGCGCUUCAAGUCGCUGCAGCGGCGCAACGUCAUCGAGCCGCGCGUCCGCACCACGCAAAAGAAGCAGCUGAAGAGGAAGCGUUUCGACCGCAUCACUGGCUCCGAACGGGAGCCAAACAAGCUGAAAACAGAGAGGAAUCUGUGAUGAACAUGGCACAGUGUUGGGGAAUCUGGAGGGGACGUAACGGUGCAGGGCGCUGUGCUCUGCCCGUCGUUGGCAUAUGACGACGACUCGCGGCAAAUAAAGAUCCAUUAUUUCCCGGA